AUGGCUCCCAGUGUUAUUGAUACGCCUGAAGAGCGCGAAGACUCUAUCCUCAAAACUCAACCUAAACAAGCAAUUCAUUCGGUUCCAGUUCAAAAUGUCAGUUCUGAACGAGUCAACUCUGAUUACCGCAUCAAUGAGAAACCCAUUCGAUACCGACGACCCUUGAGAGUUGUGUGUUUGGGUGCUGGAUAUUCUGGACUCAUGAUGGGAAUCGUUCAUAAUGAAAGGAUGAAGCAGAAGAAUAUCGACUUCACUAUUUAUGAGAGAAACAAAGACCUUGGGGGCACAUGGUUAGAAAAUCGCUACCCAGGAUGUCAAUGUGAUAUUCCUGCUCACAAUUAUGCCUACUCAUUUGAGCCAAAUCCAGAAUGGCCGAAUUACUACGCCACUUCAAAGCAGAUUCAUGAAUAUAUGUGUAACGUGACUAAGAAAUAUCACGUCGAUCGUGUUAUGAAAUUUGGUCAUGAAAUCAAGAAUGCUACUUGGGACGAUGUAGCUGGGAAGUGGAGACUCACCGUCAAACAUUCUGGCAAGACUUUCCAGGACGAGUGUGAUGUCUUCAUCAAUGCUGGAGGAGUAUUAAAUAAUUGGAAAUACCCAAACAUUGAAGGUAUUCAUAAUUUUAAAGGCAAAUUACUUCAUUCUGCAAGUUGGGACGAGUCGUAUGACUUCAAAGGUAAGCGAGUAGCUGUCAUUGGAAUCGGUUCUUCAGGAAUUCAGAUUGUCCCUCAAUUGGCACCUUUGGCAAGCCAUCUCGCCUCUUUCGUCCGCUCACAAUGUUGGGUUUCACCUGCGCCAGGAAUCAACGAGCCAACACCUAACGAUCCAGCAAUGGACGAAAACUACAACUACGCUCCAGAAGUGCUCGAGCGAUUCAAGAACGAUCCAGCAUAUCUUCAAGAGCACAGACAACAACUAGCGGACCGCCGUAUCCAGAACUUUAUGCGAUCUUGGACAGGAACAGAUCUUCAACAGCAAGCUCAAGCUCUCUUUGCAAAGACCAUGAAGCAGAGACUUGGAGAUUCGCCCAAGGGCAAACAACUUGCUGAUGUUUUGAUCCCAAGUUUCCCUGUUGGCUGUCGUCGUCAGACUCCUGGUCCAGGAUUCCUGGAAGCUCUUAUGAAAGACAACGUGGAUCUGAGAUGGGACGACAUUGCCAAGAUCACUGAGAAGGGAAUCUUGACGAAGAGGGGCGAGGAACUGGAAUUCGACACCAUUGUUUGUGCCACUGGAUUCGACACUUCUUUCCGUCCUAGCUUUCCUGUCGUGGGAAGAAACGGCGUUGAUCUGGCAAAGAAAUGGGAUGAUGGUGCUCCAGAAGCUUACUUUGGGAUUGCCAUUCCAGAAUUUCCCAACUAUUUCACUUUCAUCGGCCCCAAUUCUCCCAUUUCGAAUGGUUCGCUUGUUCAAGGAAUUCAAAUUACUGGGAUUUAUAUCUAUAAUUGCAUCGACAAGCUACAGACUGAAGGCAUCAUGUCAAUGGAAGUUGACGCUCAAGCUACAGACGAGUACAACGAGCACACACAAGAAUAUCUUAAGCGAACCGUCUGGGUCAGCCACUGUCGGUCAUGGUAUAAGCGGGGUACCACUGAUGGCCAGGUUGUUGCCAUCUAUGCAGGAACUUCGUUCCAUUUCAUCGAAGCUCUGAAGAAACCAAGGUGGGAGGAUUAUAGAAUGGAGUAUUUGCCUUCUGGAAAGAACGGUAGAUCGAGGAACAGAUUUGCAUAUCUUGGUGAUGGGUUCACGGUGAAGGAGAGGAGGAAUGGGACCGUUGGUGAUACACAGACGUUGAAUUUUGACGAGUACUGGGAUUUGUUGGUCUUGCCAGAUAUUUACGAGUAG